UAUGGUCUGCGUAAGCCGGAAAUUUACCUUCCCCUUCCCUCAGCGCCUGUUGUGGAAGUGGCUGUUGAGGAAGUGGGGCGGUGAGGGCAGCUCGGUUCUUUCCUUCCCCCUCGGCGGGGUGGCAGGAGAGCUCUGGUCCCGGUCCUGGCGAUUUGCUUACCAUGCAGUAAGCAGACUGCCUGUCAUCAGCGCUGAGGCGCAGUUCAGCAAAGGAAGAGAGCCGCCCAACGUCGGAGCAUUAUUAGUUCCUUGUUUUAUCGUCAUAGAAUUUUAUUCCAGAAAGGUGGAGAGUCCUGUGACAUUUUAAAUAUUAACCGGCACAUUUACAGAGAGUAGAGUUCAAUUGGAUAAGUCAGUCAGUUUCUCUUUUCUGCUCGUCUGUCUCUGAAAUAUAAGAGUAGGUCUGAUGAUCUGACAUUGAGUUACAGACUUAAUAUUGCUUUAUUUCACGAUCUUCUGGCCCUCUUCUGUGUGUUUCUGUUUGAAACAUUUUUUUCUGCCUAGAACAUCUGUUCCUUACUUCUCACAGUGGGGCAUGUCACGUUAUACAACUUUUUAGAUAGGUGACCAGAACUUGUAUAUUUCUCUGUGAGUGAAUGAUCCAGUGAAUAGCUGAGUGACAUAGCUGAGCCAGGAAGCAGAAUGAAAUACCCAGAGUUAACAGCUGUAAGUCACCUAGAGCCACACAAUGGAAAUGAGGGGCAUGUACAUUAAAAAAUAAAUAGGAAUGAUGAAUCUGCUUUGGUAUUUCUGGUAAACGUGUUGCUUCACUUUUUAAAAAAGGAGUCAGUGGUGGUCAAACUAAUUUUGUUCUAUGAGUCUCCAAACUUUCAAUUUUCUGUGAUUUAAAUGCAUUGCAUUUACUGUUUAUCACUUCAAUUUGUGCUUUGUGUUUUCCACCAUUAUCUCUAAAUGGAUACAGAAAGACAAUUAAAUAAAUAGUCAACAAACCCAAUUAAAAUUGAGAGCCAGUUUGAUUUAAUGGUUAAGGCACCAGCCCAGAAAGCCAGAGACCAUGAGUUCAGGUGCCCCUUUAGAUAUGAAAAAAAGCCUGCUUUGCUGGGUGGCCUUGGGCCAGUCACUCUUUCAGCCCAACCCACCUCACUGGGGCGUUGUUGUGGGGACAAUAGUAUUUCUAAAAAUAAUAAGAGAUAUAAAUUAAAAUAAAAAUCCAUGGCCAAAGAAGAAUUUAAGUUGCUCAGUGCAAGGGAAACUUGUAUUUAUCUUUUUGGUAACAAAUUCUUAUUGACUAAUUUAAGUACAGAAAAUGUUCUUUAGCAAUUUCUGGAAUACUCUGAAUGUGCCUUUUUCAUUGUAUAAGCCUAUGACUAGGGAGGAAAGAAAAGCAAAACAAUUUUAUCAAAAUGUAAAUAACAAAAAAUAAGCAACCACCAAUAUAUAUGUAUGUAUGUGGAAAAAUGAAUAAUUAAAAGUUUCUGUUUCUGUUUAUUUUCUUCCUUCACUUUAAUCAGUUAAGGUAUCCCUAAGCAAAUGGUAUAUUUCAUGAAUCUCUAGAUGAAAAGAAGCUGACAGUCUUUAUAUUGUACAAAUUUAAAUAGAUCUUUUUGCAAAUUUGAAUGCAUACCUACUAUUUAUGUGCAGUUGCUUACCAAUUCAAAAUAAGAAAACAAUUUAUAGGCUAGAUGCAAAAUCUUGGAAACUCAGUACUUCCUCUGGCUGAAAUAAAAUUUCUUAAAGAGACUUAAAGGUGUUUGUAUUUGCCUCUUUGCAUACUUUGCAGAGCUCAAAAAAUAUUCUUUGGUCUUUUUGCAUAUACUGUACAGGUAGUCCUCAGCUUCCAAAGUUCAUUUAAUAACUCUUCAAAGUUACAACAGCACUGAAAAAAGUGACAUAUGACCAUUUUUCACAUGACAAUUGAAGCAUCCCUAUGGUCACAUGAUUUACAUUUAGAUGCUUGACAACUGGUUCAUGUUUAUGACAGUCACAGUGUCCCAGGCUCAUUUUGCGAACUUCUGACAAGCAAAGUCAAUAGGGAAGCCAGAUUCACUUAACAGCUGUGUGACUAAUUCAACAACUGCAAUGGUUCACACUACAAAUGUGGCAAGGAAGGUCCUAAAAUAGGGCAAAACUCCCUUAACAAAUUUCUCACUUAGCAACAUAAAUUCUGGGCUCAAUUGUGGUCGUAAGUCGAGGACUACCUGUAUAUAUGAGUUCCCCAUGGAUUUUCAACAAUAUUCAAAUCUGCUUACUGUGAAGACCAUUUCCAAACCUUGAUCUUUUUUUCUUGUAAUACUUCAUAGUUGAUUUGAAAGUGUGUUUUAGAUCUGUUGUAUUUAAAUUUGUACCAUUUAGAGGCUGUGUCAGCUUCUGUUCAUUUAGAAAUUCAGUAGCACAUACAAACUGACCUAACUUUUUUCAUAUUCUGUACAAGAUUACUUCUUUGUUUCCAGAAUUGCAAACAACAUGUGCAUCAUGUAAAUACUAACACAUAGGUUUCUGGAUUAUACAAAUGAUUCACAGUAAGUGUGUAAUUGUAAGAUUUGCAUUAUCGCAUAAUCACAAUUUGUUAUGAAUGCUGCUGAAUGUAAGGAAUUUUGCACUAAUUGGGACCAAUUUGUAUGAAACCAUUUCUCUUUAAAGCUUCUACUAUAAAAUAUAUUCCAAGACACCUUGAGUUAGGUAAUGGGAUCAGAGAACAGUGCUUUAAAGCGUGAUGCAGUGGAUGAACCUUCAUUUACACUACCUUCUGGAGUCAAUAUUUAUUCAGCAAUAUUGCAGCAUGACAAACUUGCGUCAGUGUUUGUUUACAACAGAGAAAAUGAAGACAAUGUUAACAGAGCUGCCAAGCACCUGAAAACGUUACGCCAUCCUUGCCUUCUGCGCUUCCUUUCGUGUACUGUGGAAGUAGAUGGAAUUCACCUGGUUACAGAGCAUGUGCAACCACUGGAAAAGGUCCUGGAGGCUCUCUCUUCUUCAGAGAUAUGUGCUGGAAUCUAUGAUGUUUUACAGGCUCUUGUGUUUCUUCAUGAUAGGGGAAAUCUAACCCACAACAAUAUCUGCUUAUCCUCUGUAUUUGUGAGUGAGGAUGGACACUGGAAAUUAGGAGGCAUGGAAACUGUCUGCAAGCAGAAUGAAGCAACAGCAGAGUUUCUGCAUAGUAUCCAAUCAAUACGAGAGAAGACAGGGAUUCCACCUGAAGAACAGUCUGUAGACUUCCAGCUUCUUCCUGAAGGCCAUGGGCAUUCCCGAGAUGCCUACUCAUUUGGUGUAAUGGUUGAAAAACUGCUUACUUUUUUAAAUGAAGAAGUUUCAGAGGAUGUACUUUCCAGCUUUCAGCAUACAUUACGCUCCACUUUGCUAAAUCCAGAUCUAACAUGCCGCUCCCCACUGUCCAACCUACUGUUUCAUGAUUUUUUUAGAAAUGAUUUCUUAGAAGUGGUAAGCUUUCUGAAUAGUUUAACACUGAAAUCUGAGGAGGAAAAAACAGAAUUUUUCAAAUUCCUGCUAGAUAGAGUGGCUGGCUUGUCAGAGAAGUUGAUUGCUUUGCGCUUGGUACCUCUCUUGCUCAAUCAGCUUGUGUUUGCUGAACCAGUAGCUGUGAAGAGUUUUCUUCCUCAUCUUUUGGGGCCCAAGAAGGAUAAAUUGAGUGAAAGCCAGAUCAAUGGUCUGCUGUCUCCGGCUAUGUUCCAGGCACAUGUCAGCCCAGUGCUGCUGAAACUCUUUGAGGUGCACGAAGAACAUGUUCGGAUGGUAUUGCUCUCUCACCUAGAUGCCUAUGCAGAACUGUUUACACAGAAAGAGCUAAAAAACAUCAUAUUGCCACAGGUUUUACUUGGCUUGCGAGAUACUAGUGAUUCUCUAGUGGCUGUGACACUGCAAAGUUUAGGAGUGCUAGUCUCAUUCCUUGGACCUGAUGUGGUUGUGGGGGGUGACAGAACAAAGAUCUUCAAGCAUUCAGCCCCAAGUUUCACUAAAAUUAUGGAUCUUUCCUCUGAAGACUCUUCUGAUGAUGUAAUGAGCUGUGAGGGUAAACUAAUCUACCUACCACUACAGCAUAAUUCAAGUAUGUUUCUCAAGUGCCACAAUUCUGGAAGUUUGUCCUUCAGCAACAAGAACAAUGUACCAGGGGAAGGUUCUCACAUUGCCCUAAGAAAAGGGAAGCAAGACUCUUUAAACUUAUAUAAUAUUCCUAGUGGAAUAAGUACAAUAAAUAAUGGCAAAAACUGCCACCAUGUGACUGAGAAGACAGAAGAAUGGCCAGACUGGAAUGAGUACGAAGAGCUCAAGCCAGAAAAAAAUAAAAUUGCUGAUACCAAACUGAAAGACUUUUGUGUUAACAGCCAUCCACGUCUUGCCAAUCAUGAUGGAGAAGAGAAAUCUCCCUUUAAGCUCUCUUCAGGAAACACUCACUAUGAUAGAGGGAUAAAUCACAUCGCAGAGCUGCAGCUGCCUCCAAAUACAUUUGCACCCACAAAAGAACUCAGAACUCUCCAAAAUAAUCCCUUGCCAGAGUCUAUCAGCAACAGCGAUGGCUGUGACCCAAGAGACCAGGAUCAAAAGUCUUAUUUGACCAAAACAUCAUUUCUAGAGAAAUCUCCCAAGUUGAAAAGUGGUUUAGGAGAAGAGUUUGUGAUCCAGGUGAAGAGGAAAGAAUUGCAUGACACAGAGCUGGACUGGUUUGCAGACAUGGUCCCAGAUAUCAAAUCUUCAUCAUCGCUCUUAGUUCUACCAGAACUAGAGACCCAUUCAUUUAUUCAGAGUAACUCAGAGAGAGUUUUGAACUCUAUGAGCGAUGGACAAGAAAUGCAGUUUUCUUCUAAAUUUGCAGCAUCAGAAAUUGCAGAGGUGGAUGGUGUUGGCUGGGAAGAAGAUGAUGACCUGAAUUGGGAAGAAGAUACUAACUGGUGAUGAUGAAGAUCUUCUAUCGGUUACAGUUCAGUAACUUCUUUCACAGUACCCUGGACAUUCUAAGUCCUCUCCUCAUUCUCCACUUGCACAAGCAAUGAGAACUUGGUAUUGGCAUAUCAGUGCUUGCCUUUCUGAGUUAAACUUUUAGGCCAAAACUAUAGCAGGGAUUUCCCUGCCUUGGUUGCUAACAAUUGGACAAAGCGGGAUGUUACAGAUAUGUGGCUUUAUAUUUCCACAACUGUUUUAUUUGUGAAGAAUUCUAGGAAAAAUAAAUGGAUAAAUCACUA